GUUAAAAAACAUCCAGGUACACGUAACUACCACAAACCUCUACAGGACAGAUCAGAUCACAAAGGACGAGUGAUUGACAUUGACCAAGGCUGAUGAAACCAGUAUGAAUUUAUUGAAGACGUUUUGGAUCUUUGUGGUUAUCACUGGAUGUGUCGGAUAUAUCUACAUCCGGUAUUCGUCUCGUGCAUUUAGUUAUUUCUAUAAGGAGGAAGAUGCAAGACAAUUCCAGCAGGAUUCAAUAUAUGUUGAACCUUAUAGAAAGCAACCCCCACUAAUUACAAUGUUUACGUCAUGGAUGACCUUCCCUAGGAGAUUCAAAGUGUAUAACUGCACUUUACGUAACUGGCCUCUACUACAGCCUCAUGUGAACAUCAUACUGUUCACCAAUGAUAAAAUUCCGGACAAAUAUAAACAGUUAGGAUGGAUGGUGCUACCAGUUAGACGACAAGUCAAAGGCCAUCCCGUUCUUAAGGAUAUGUUUAUAGAAGCCAUGCAACUGCAACCAGAUUCAAAACUAUAUGGAUUUGCUAAUGGGGAUAUACUUUUUACUGAUUCUUUCAUCAAAAGUUUACAGGAAAUUACAAAUUCGCCUUUAGUUGUUAAUCGGACAUAUAUGGUAGUGGGUCGCCGGAUGGACACGCCGAAUGUCACACUCAAAGAAGCAAGUUCUUGGAAGAAUAUGGAAAGAGCUGCCAAGAGAGGAAAGUUAAUGAAUGAAUGGUUGGGAAUCGAUUACUUCAUUACAUCCCCAAGCUACCACUGGAAAGAUAUACCGGAAGUUCAAAUCGGGCAAAAACUCUAUGAUAAUUGGCUGGUUCGGGACGCUCGGAAAAUGGGUCACGUGGUCAUUGAUGCUACAAGCACUCUUCUGGCAGUUCAUCAAAAUGCACCUUACCCUGCUCACCACGGGAACAUGACUCAAAAUCUUGAAUAUUUUAACGAAUCCUAUCACACUAUAUAUCAGCAGGGAGUAAUCGCGUGCUGCAGGUUUCACACAAUGUAUACAAAUCAUACAAUAAAGAUUUGGAGACGGAAACACAUACCAGGACAAUGCACAUUGUGAUAAAGAUGUAAUAGCUUGGUUCAGUUCCUUCCUUGACUAAAUGCUUCAAUCAAGUGUUUUUGCAUUCGGUUUAAUUUUCAAUUCAAUUUUAAUAGUAAGGAUGUACAUGUUAUUAUGCUUGUGGAUUUUCUGUU